UGACAACCUAACGAGCCCCUGGCAACCACCGGAGAACGGGCGGAAUAUGGCGAAGAAAAUAAGUGACAAAAAAUCUCUUUGGCAACAAAUAUGUGACGAGUAUGAAGCUGAGCAGCCCAGUCCUCCCAGUGCUGUGAGGGCGGACGUUGACCCUCUCCUGAGCCACCCUGCUCUCGCUGGCAAUGCUGUGUUGGGAAAACCUCGUCCUUCCAGUCAGAGGCGCCCAUCAACACCUGAAACUGCACCCCCUCCUCAGCAACAUGAACGUCCUGUCAUAUGUUUUUUGGAGAGGAGAGUGUUUCCAGCGUUGUUGCCAGGACUGGAGGCUCUACUGAAAGAAGCACAGAAACAUGGCUGUUUCGAGAGGAAAAAAACAGCAUUUAACCCUUGUGACUUCCUGUCGGAGUGGCUCUACAACCAUAACCCCUGCAGGCAAGAACAGGUCCCAGUGAACUUCCAUGACAUCCCUUUUGUCAAGGACUGGCUCAGCAUGCAUCCCAGGCCUCCCAUCCCUCUGUUUCUGCAGCUGAGCGAGGAUCAGGCUGCCCUGCUCAUCCAGGCUUUCUGGAGAGGAUACAAGAUCAGGGCACGCCCAGAUGUGCAGGAGCUGCGCCAGUGGCAGAAAGAACUGAGAGAGAACUGUGACAUUGCCAAAACUGUCGAGCACUUCUGGGUCCAACACGAGAGCCGAGUGGGCUCUGCCAUGACAGAUCUUCCAGGAAGCCCGCAGCCUGGCGACUCAGAUGUGUCCAUCCAGGUGGUUUCCCCCACCCCCCAGAGCACUGUGGUCCACACCCCCACACCCCAGAUGACCCCUGAGGGCAUUGAGUUGCUGACCCCCAGCCUGUGCAGCAUGGAGAAAAUGGCCUCCACACCAUCAGCAACUGAUGUACUUGCUGUAUCUGUACAUGGUCACAAAUCCCUGACUGCAGCGUCUCCUUCUUUACUCUGACCUGAAAACCUGAGCUAGACUGGUGGUGCUGUUCACAGAAAUCAUUAGAUGUGUGAACAAGGUUUUUCUGGUGUUUAAAGGCUAUUAGACGCUGUUAGGUUGAUGUCAAACUGACCAAAGCGAUCAGUCAAACACGCCGUUAAAGCCCCUGUAACCAACUGGAUAUGGCCAGGCAGGGAUUUAUGGUUCGAGAUUUGCGUCUAAUUAGUUGAUUGCUUUCAUUGCCUUUUUGAUGGAUCACCUCCCUUCACGAGUCUCACCCAACAAAUGAACACCAUAUAGUACGGUUCACUUGUUAUUACUGUCGGGAGUGAAGCCUCCCAUAACAGACUUCAUAUUUCCUCGCAGCACCUCUCGCUGAUAGCUCACUGGAAGAUAACCAAAUCGUAUUUCCCUGCCUUGUCAUUUCCUCUUUCCUUAGCAAUACAUAUCACUCCACAAAAGAUGUUAUAGCGUUUCCAUUCAAGCCAGGAUUUGAGGCCAGAGUGAAAGGUGAGUCAGCAUGCAGAGCAGCACUUUCUAUCCUGUUUAUCAGGAAAGAAAAUGACCCUGUCAGGGAAACAGAGACUAAAAUGUGCAAAAACAUCACUGACAUCACCGGUGAGUGAUUGACAGCUAUUUGACAGAGCAGCAGCUAGGAAUAUCCUGUAUUCUCUUUACGUCUGACUAAUUUACAAACAAUAAAAAUCCCUGUUACAUGUUCCCAGACACAAUGUGGAUUCAAUGUUAGCUUCAGGAAGUAUACCCUAUUUAACAGUAAAUAUUUUUAACAUUAUUUCAUGUGUAUAUCAUGGAAA